UUAGUGAACAAAACAGAAAGCCGCAUUCCGGAGACAAGGCUGUUUUCCUCUUGCCUAAGAGACUGGAUUGGAUUUGGGAACAAGUGUUAUUAUUUUUCUGAUGAUGUAAGGAACUGGACCUCCAGUCAGGACUUCUGUGCAUCCUUUGGUGCCAAUCUGGUCAAGUUUGACAGCAAGGAGGAGUUGAAUGUCUUGGAAAGACACAGAGAUUCGUAUGAGCAUUGGAUUGGCCUUAGAAGAGAAUCUCCACAGCAUAGAUGGAAGUGGGCAGACAACACCGAGUUCAGCAACCUGUACAUAUCAGCCGUCUUAUUGGCUGAGGUCAGGGGAACUGGGGAGUGCGCCUAUCUGAAUGGAGUGGGCAUCAGCAGUGGGCGGUUCUACACGGAGCGGAAGUGGAUCUGCAGCAAGCCGAGCAGCUACGUGCAGUGUGCAGCGACCUCGGGGUCCUUUCUGCAUGGGGUCUCCUGGCUGGGGCUCACGCCUCUCAUCCUGACUGGGCAGAUAUAUAUGCUUAUAUUUUAUUAG